UCCAGAAUGGUGCUGUGCCUGGAGAAGUCACGAAGAGAGACGAAAACCUGAAGAGAGGAAACUGGGGAAACCAGAUAGAGUUCGUCCUAACCAGCGUGGGGUACGCAGUCGGUCUGGGAAACGUCUGGAGAUUCCCAUAUCUCUGCUAUAGAAAUGGAGGCGGAGCCUUCAUGUUCCCGUACUUCAUCAUGCUGGUCUUCUGCGGCAUCCCACUCUUCUUUAUGGAGCUCUCAUUCGGACAGUUCGCCAGUCAGGGGUGCCUCGGGGUUUGGAGGAUCAGCCCCAUGUUUAAAGGUGUAGGUUAUGGAAUGAUGGUCGUCUCCACCUAUAUCGGUAUUUAUUACAACGUGGUUAUUUGCAUUGCGUUCUACUACUUUUUCAUGUCCAUGAACCGAAUUCUGCCGUGGACGUACUGCACUAAUAAAUGGAACACAGAGAACUGCGUCGGGGUGCUGAGCCCCUCCACAAAUUCCUCCAACUACACCUCCCAUCAAGACCUGUCCACCAUCCUGAACCAGACUGUGAAGAGGACGAGUCCCAGCGAGGAGUACUGGAGGAAUUAUGUGCUGCAGUUGUCGGACGACAUCGGGAAUUUUGGGGAGGUGCGGCUGCCCAUCCUGGGGUGUCUUGGCCUGUCGUGGUUUCGUGGUGUUCCUGUGCCUCAUCCGAGGGGUGAAAUCCUCCGGGAAGGUGGUCUAUUUCACAGCCACCUUCCCCUACGUGGUCCUCACCAUCCUCUUUGUUCGAGGCAUUACCCUGGAGGGAGCCGUGUCUGGGAUCAUGUAUUAUCUGACACCGCAGUGGGACAAGAUCCUGGAUGCCAAGGUUUGGGGCGAUGCUGCCUCUCAGAUAUUCUACUCUCUGGGGUGUGCGUGGGGCGGACUUAUCACAAUGGCUUCCUACAACAAGUUUCAUAACAACUGUUACAGGGACAGCAUCAUCAUCAGCAUCACCAACUGCGCCACCAGCGUCUACGCCGGCUUCGUCAUCUUCUCCAUCCUGGGCUUCAUGGCAAACCACCUGGGUGUGGAAGUGUCCAAAGUGGCCGAUCAUGGUCCCGGCCUGGCCUUUGUGGCCUAUCCUGAGGCUCUGACCCUGCUGCCAAUAUCUCCUCUGUGGUCCAUAUUGUUCUUCUUCAUGCUCAUCCUGCUGGGGCUGGGCACGCAGUUCUGCCUGUUGGAGACUCUCGUCACGGCCAUCGUGGAUGAGAUCGGCAGCGACUGGAUUAUUCGCUGGAAGACGUUGGUGACGCUCGGAGUGGCGGUGAUUGGUUUUCUGCUGGGAAUCCCACUGACAACACAGGCCGGAAUCUAUUGGCUUCUUCUGAUGGAUAAUUACGCGGCCAGCUUUUCUCUGGUCAUCAUUUCCUGUAUCAUGUGUGUGGCUAUAAUGUACAUUUACGGUCACCGGAACUACUUCAAGGACAUUGAAAUGAUGUUGGGGUUCCCCCCUCCCCUCUUCUUCCAGGUCUGCUGGCGGUUCAUCUCCCCAGCCAUUAUCUUUUUCAUCUUAAUCUUCACCGUCAUUCAGUAUCGGCCAAUCACAUACAACGAGUACAUCUACCCAGACUGGGCCAUCUCCCUGGGAUUCCUGAUGGCGCUCUCGUCGGUCGUCUGUAUCCCUGGAUAUGCCAUCUUCAGGAUCUGGCGGUCUGACGGGGACACUUUCCUCCAGCGGUUGAAGAACUCGGUGAAGGCCAGCAAAGACUGGGGACCGGCUCUGCUUGAGCACCGGACUGGCCGAUACGCACUGGAGGAGGGCAGCCCUGAGAUCCAGCCGCUGAACCCGGAGAAGCAGAAGAAGGAGGAGAUCGGUCUAACAAUACAGGGCAGCAACGGGCAGGCCCACAGCCAGGACUCUAAAGUGUAA